GUAUGAAUGCCGCCGUCAGGGCCGUGACCCGCAUGGGCAUAUACGUGGGUGCCAAGGUGUUUCUCAUCUAUGAGGGCUACGAGGGCCUCGUGGAGGGCGGUGAGAACAUCAAGCCGGCCACCUGGCUCAGCGUCUCCAACAUCAUCCAGCUGGGUGGCACUAUCAUUGGCAGUGCCCGCUGCAAGGCCUUCAUGACACGGGAGGGGCGCCGGGCAGCCGCCUACAACCUGGUGCAGCGUGGCAUCACCAACCUGUGCGUCAUCGGUGGGGACGGCAGCCUCACGGGCGCCAACAUCUUCCGCAGCGAGUGGGGUGGCUUGCUGGAGGAGCUGGUGAGCGAAGGCAGGAUCUCGGAGACCACGGCUCAGACCUACUCGCACCUGAACAUCGCGGGGCUGGUGGGCUCCAUUGAUAAUGACUUCUGCGGUACCGACAUGACCAUCGGCACCGACUCGGCCCUGCACCGCAUUAUGGAGGUCAUCGACGCCAUCACCACCACGGCCCAGAGCCACCAGAGGACGUUCGUGCUGGAGGUGAUGGGCCGGCACUGCGGGUACCUGGCGCUGGUGUCUGCGCUGGCCUCAGGCGCUGACUGGCUGUUCAUCCCCGAGGCGCCCCCUGAGGACGGCUGGGAGAACUUCAUGUGCGAGAGGCUGGGCGAGACUCGCAGCCGGGGCUCCCGCCUGAACAUCAUCAUCAUCGCGGAGGGCGCCAUCGACCGCCACGGGAAGCCCAUCUCGUCCAGCUACGUGAAGGAUCUGGUGGUCCAGAGGCUGGGCUUCGACACACGAGUGACAGUGCUGGGUCACGUGCAGCGAGGAGGGACGCCCUCGGCCUUCGACCGCGUCCUGAGCAGCAAGAUGGGCAUGGAGGCGGUGAUGGCGCUGCUGGAGGCCACGCCCGACACGCCUGCCUGCGUGGUCAGUCUCUCGGGGAACCAGUCCGUGCGGCUGCCCCUCAUGGAGUGCGUGCAGGUGACCAAGGACGUGCAGAAGGCCAUGGACGACAAGAGGUUUGACGAGGCCAUCCAGCUGCGUGGCAGGAGCUUCGAGAACAACUGGAACAUUUACAAGCUCCUCGCCCACCAGAAGGUCUCCAAGGAGAAGACCAACUUCUCCCUGGCCAUCCUGAACGUGGGGGCCCCAGCGGCCGGCAUGAACGCGGCUGUGCGCUCAGCCGUGCGGACGGGCAUCUCCCAGGGCCACACGGUGUACGUCGUGCACGACGGCUUCGAGGGCCUGGCCAAGGGCCAGGUGCAGGAAGUGGGUUGGCAUGAUGUGGCUGGCUGGCUAGGGCGUGGUGGCUCCAUGCUGGGCACCAAGAGGACGCUGCCGAAGGGCCACAUGGAGGCCAUCGUGGAGAAUCUCCGGGCACACAACAUCCACGCCCUGCUGGUCAUAGGCGGGUUUGAGGCCUACGAGGGGGUGCUGCAGCUGGUGGAGGCGCGCGGGCGCUAUGAGGAGCUGUGCAUCGUCAUGUGCGUCGUCCCCGCCACCAUCAGCAACAACGUGCCGGGCACCGACUUCAGCCUGGGCUCGGACACGGCCGUCAACGCUGCCAUGGAGAGCUGCGACCGCAUCAAACAGUCGGCCUCAGGGACCAAGCGCCGCGUGUUCAUCGUGGAGACCAUGGGGGGCUACUGCGGCUACCUGGCCACCGUGACCGGCAUCGCAGUGGGUGCCGACGCUGCCUAUGUCUUUGAGGACCCUUUCAACAUCCACGAUCUUGAGGCCAACGUGGAGCACAUGACGGAGAAGAUGAAGACGGACAUCCAGAGGGGCCUGGUGCUGCGGAACGAGAAGUGCCACGAGCAUUACACCACGGAGUUCCUGUACAACCUGUACUCGUCGGAGGGCAAGGGUGUCUUCGACUGCAGGACCAACGUGCUGGGCCACCUGCAGCAGGGCGGGGCGCCCACACCCUUUGACCGGAACUACGGGACCAAGCUGGGGGUGAAGGCCAUGCUCUGGAUGUCGGACAAGCUUCGGGCUGUGUACCGCAAGGGGCGGGUAUUUGCCAAUGCCCCGGACUCAGCCUGCGUGGUCGGCCUGCGGAAGAAGGUGGUGGCCUUCAGCCCUGUCAUGGAGCUCAAGGAGGACACUGACUUUGAGCACCGCAUGCCCCGCGAGCAGUGGUGGCUGAACCUGCGGCUGAUGCUGAAGAUGCUGGCGCACUACCGCAUCAGCAUGGCCGACUACGUGUCUGGGGAGCUGGAGCACGUCACGCGCCGCACACUCAGCAUUGACACGGGCUUCUGAGGCGCUGCCUGCCCCUCCAGCAUCGAGCGGGGCUCCCACGGCCCCUGGUGGGCGGGGUUGGCCCUGCCACGCCCCGUCCCCGCCCUGCCUGCCCCAGGACCAGCACCAGGACCACCUUCCCACCACGCCGGGUACAGUCACGCUGGGCCCCGCCUCGGGGCCCCGGACCCCUGGGACCUGUGUCCCCACGUGCCGCACUGACCUCCUACCUAAGGGCCACCGCGGCAAGCAGCACUGCCACCGUCUCUAGAAAUAAAGUUGCCUGACUGGA